UGGGACCUUUGCACUUUUGAAGCUGUAAGCUGCUGUUGCAUUCCUCUGUCACUCACUGAUCGUACCUCACUGGAAAUAUGGGUUUCUUGGACAUAUUCAGCCAUCCUCUCUGGGCUGCUUUGUCUGCUCUCUUGGCUGUUGUUGUGCGCCUGCAGCGCAGAACCAUCUGGGACCCUAAAACCUGCGCCAUGCGUCUCACUGGGAAGACUGCUAUAGUAACAGGAGCCAAUACAGGAAUUGGGAAGUUCAUUGCCCUGGACUUUGCUCGGCGUGGGGCGCGGGUCAUCUUGGCUUGCCGAAGCGAGUCCCGGGGCCAAGCAGCUGCUACUGAAAUCAAGCAGAUUACAGGGAACUCAGACGUCCAUCUGCGCAUUGUGGAUGUCUCCUCCAUGGAUUCUGUCAGAGCAUUUGCGAAGAGGAUUCUGGAGGAGGAGAAAUCACUCCACAUUCUUGUAAACAAUGCUGCAGUAUCAGGUCUCCCCAGACAGAUAACCAAAGAUGGGUUUGAAGCUUCUUUUGCCACCAAUCAUCUGGGACCAUUUCUGCUCACAAACCUGCUGCUGGAACUCAUAAAGCGCUCAGCUCCAGCACGUAUCGUUACCGUCAGCUCCCUCAACCACAAGAGAGGUGAAGUGGACUUCUCUCACUUUCAUGGGAAAAACCUUGUGUACACCAUGGAUCAAGUCUACAAUCACACCAAGCUGCACAACAUCAUCUGCACCAAUGAGCUGGCUCGAAGGUUACAGGGCACCGGCGUUACUGCCAACUCGGUACACCCAGGAGUUGUCAUGACAGAGGUGAUGCGACACUAUCCAGCCUGGCUUCGUUUCCUGUUUAAUUUAGUUGGGUUCUUCUUUUUUAAGUCACCAGAAGAAGGCGCCAUCAGCCCCAUCUACUGCGCCGUGUCCGAGGAACUGGAGGGGGUGACUGGGAAAUAUUUUGACAGUGACUGCUCCCUGGUCCUUCCUGCCCCUUUAGCUCGAGACACUGCACUCGCCGUGAAGGAUUUUGAGUUCUGUGAGAAGCUGACUUCAAAGCUCUAAAGUAACUGCUUCCAAAGGACUGGGAACAAGUAAUGAUGUCAGAGAAUGUGGGCAGCUGGGACUUGUUGAACACUUUGUUUUGUAUGAUUUACUACCAAAUGAACUGCAGUGAUUGUUUCAUUGAUAUGAAUCUCCUAGUCUUAAAUGAUGUUGUCUAAUUUGAAUCAGCUGAACAUUUUCUCCCAAAGUGUCAAGUGUCUUAAAAAUCUUGUCAGAUGACAUCUUAAAGCCAUUAUGGAAAAUCUUUUCAACAAAGAGUUGCAACAUUUACAUGAGAUGCUGAUGCUCUCUCUCUCUUUCAAGAAAUAGAUCAGACCCUCCAAAGAAUGAUACAAUCAUUUCCCUUUAUUGUCUGAUUUAUUUAAACACAACAAAACAUUUGAGCAUUCAGUGCUUUUCUGAAGAAUUUACACCUCGUCCCUCCUGCCGUGCCCUUGGCCUUGCUAUUUGGCUGCAGAGACAAACAUUUAAGAGGGAAUGAUGGUCACAUAAUUUUUUUCCAAUCAAGGUUUACUGCUUGCAUGUGUCUGCUAGUUUUUAUUUGGAAAAUCGAGAAGACCCAGAUGAAAUACCUUUCUGACUUUGCUCCACUAUUUCAUGGAUAAUCUCUUCGAGCACUGGUGACACAUGAUCCACCUGCCUGGGUAAAAGACGGAUAGCUACCUCCAAUGUGUUAUCCUGGAAAUGACAGAAAAAAUAAGAGAGGAUGACUAAAGUUGUUCAUCUGGAUUUUGUUGCUAGAGAGGGUCUUGCAGGCUGCUUGCUCACAGGAUUCCCGUUAUGUUCUAUCAGAGGAGCCUGCUGGACGGUGACCUCUUCCAACUGACCGUCCUCUGAUCGAGUCUCCAUGUUUUUCUUGCCGUUCUGCUGCUGAUGCACAAGAGAACAGAAAAUCAGAAAUACUGACUAAAAACUGUUGCUUUGUUUUUUAAAUGUAUUUGCAUUUUCAUGCAGGGAGGGGGUUGCUGCUAAUGAAAUAAAUUGCUCACAUAUA